AUGGCCGAGCAAAUCACCGACCCCGAGGCCCAGAUCCUCGAGCUGCAGAAGCAGAUUGAGCAGCUCAAGCUGCAGGGCCCCCUGAAGAGCCCCUACGAUGUCUACCAGACGUCCCUGACCAGCCGCUACUGCAGCGCCGAGAUGACGCAGCUCUUCAGCCAGCGGUCCAGGCACUCCAUCUGGCGCCGCCUCUGGCUGGGCCUUGCCGAGGCCGAGCACGAGCUGGGCAUUGAGGUUGUCACGCCCGAGGCUCUGGCCCAGAUGCGGGCUCACCUCACCGUCACCGACGACGACUUUGAGGCGGCGCGUGUCGAGGAGAAGAUCCGACGUCAUGAUGUCAUGGCUCACGUCCACGCCUUUGGCCUCGUUGCCCCGGCUGCUGCUGGUGUCAUUCACUACGGAGCCACUUCGUGCUACGUCACUGACAACGCCGAACUCAUCAUGAUGCGUGAUGCUCUCGACAUCUUGAUCAAGAAGCUGUCCAAGGUCAUCGCCAACCUCAGGGCCUUUUCUCUCCAGUGGAAGGCUGAGCCGACCUUGGCCUACACUCAUCUGCAGAGCGCUCAGCCCAUCACCGUUGGACGUCGCUCGUCCCAAUGGCUCCAGGACCUGACCUUUGACUUGGAGAACCUUGAGAAUGUUCGCAAGAACCUCAAGUUCCGAGGUGCUCAGGGCACUACCGGCACCCAGGCUUCGUUCUUGGAGAUUUUCCAAGGCGAUCAUGCCAAGUGUGACCAGCUCAACGUCUUGCUCUGCAAGAAGUUUGGCUUCCCCGCAUGCUACGACAUCUCUACCCAGACCUACACUCGCAAGGUUGACCUCGUCGUCGCUCAGGCCGUGGCCGGCAUUGGAGCUACUGCCCACAAGAUCGGCAACGACAUCAGGUUGCUCAGCAACUUCAAGGAGGUCGAGGAACCCAUUGAGGCUCGUCAAAUUGGUUCCUCGGCCAUGGCCUUCAAGCGUAACCCGAUGAGAAGCGAGCGCAUCUGCUCCUUGUCCCGUGCUCUCAUGGCCAAGCCGGCUUCCUUCGCCAACACGCUCUCUACUCAGUGGAUGGAGCGGACGCUUGACGACUCUGCAAUUCGACGAAUGGAUAUCCCCGAGAUGUUCCUUCUCGCCGAGGCCGUCCUCAUUGGACUGGACAACGUCACGGAUGGUCUCGUUGUCUACCCGGCACGUAUCCGAAGCAGAUUCCUCGAUGAGCUGCCAUUCAUGGUGACUGAGGCUAUCAUCAUGAAGCUUGUCGCCAAGGGCGCUUCAAGACAAGAGGCACACGAGGAGAUCCGAGUCCUCUCGCGUGAAGCCGCAAGCGUGGUCAAGCUGGAGGGUAAGCCGAACGACCUCAUCGAGCGUAUUCGCAACACCGAGUUCUUCAGGCCCAUCUGGGACGAGCUUGACUCCAUGAUGAAGCCUGAGCUGUACGUCGGCCGUAGUAUCGAGAUUGUUGAGAGGUACUGCGGUGCCGGUGGUCCCGUCGAGAAGGCGCUUGCUCCCUACGCGCAAUACCUCGCUCACUCGACCACUGCGCAGCUCAACGUUUGA